UUGAACGUAGCACACGUCAUUUUCAUUGCAACCAUCAAGUGAAAAAACCAUCAAAGUACAAAAUUGAGUUAAUUUUUUUAAAAGUUAUUCCACACACCAAAAUGCGUUUCGCUAUCGUUUUAAUGGUAUUCUGCCUCUUUGCAUUGGUAGCUUCUCAAAGUGGUCCAUCCCAUGGCAAAUCGGUUAUAUGCUACAGUAUGGCAGAACCAUCAUUUGCGUUGGAAUCCUUCUUCUAUAGUUUGAUGGGAAUGAGUCAAUUUGGUAAAACUGAUUUCAAUUUGUGCACGCACCUCAUUUACUUGGACUAUCGAUCCAUACUAGCAAAUGGACUUACUACUUAUGAUGACGACCAUCUCAAAAUGCUACGCAAUAAAUAUCCACAUUUGAAGAUUUCCUUGGGCAUUGUACAAGACGAGCAAACAAUAACGGAAAAACAAAAGAAUCUGAUGGAACGUCUAAAGUUCGUUGAUUAUCUCGUCAGUCUGACUGUGAAUCAUAGCUUCGAUGGACUGCACAUAGGUUUAACAUACGAUGGCCCUACUUACAAUGCGACCGGCGUUUCAACUUUGUUAAAUGAUCUUUCAAUGAGCUUAAAACCGAAACAAUUGUUGCUUUCAUUUUCACCGAUGAAACCGCCAGUGUCUCGUUCAAAUGAAUUGGACUCAUUUGCGCCGAUUGCAAAUUAUUUGGAUUUCAUGCACCUUCAAUACUUCGGCAAUAUUGAUGAAAUGAUCAAACUGGGUGUGCCACCUUCAAAAAUUGUCAUCGAAGUGGUGAUUAUAACAGGUCACUCUCUUCGACGUUCAUUUAGUAUUUUCGAUUUCGAUUCAUUUAAAUCGUUUUUACGAUACGAUGAAAUUUGCGAUUUGCUGAAGGGUGUCUCGAUAAAACGGAUAUUCUAUGACAAUUUUGAGGAGAAGAUACACGCCGACUACAUUGAUGAAUCAGGUGAUGGACGCUCAGUUCUGUUUGAAGAUACCCGUUCGAUUGCUAAUAAAACCAGAAACGCGAUGCGACGCAAUUUGGCUGGAGUGGCAGUGUUUACAGCUGACGCCGAUGAUUCAUAUGGAAAAUACCCCAUCGGAGCCAAUACCUUUGAUGAUUUCAAAUCUGAUGCGAAUGUUGUAGCGAACAUUCCGAAUCAAAACACUCGUACCUAUCCAAUGCUUAGAACUGUUAAUCAAGCAAUCGUAUUGGCACUGGACGAAAUGGAUCAACUACAUAUCCCCUACACUAAAACCAUGGCGAGAAAUCAAAACAGUUCGGACGCAUUCAGUUGGGACAUUUUUAUUGGAAAUUUAAUCGAUGCAUUUUGAUGCACAUUUUUAAAUUAUC